UUUUCCAUUUUUCCCGGCGCCAAUUUUCCGAUCUCUCCCUCGCUCUCUCUGAAAUAACAGACCCUUGCUCCAGUCAAGUUCGGGAGAAAUGGCGAACAAUCCUUGAGUUUCUUUCUCGCUUUGAUCGCUACGGUGCCUAUUUGCUGGACUUGGCGUUCGUCCGAUCCCCUCCUUUGAUUAGAUUUUCUUGCGCUCGAUCGAAGGAGGAUUGUGUCGACACGAUUUGAAAGGCGUGAUGUCCGCUAGAAAGUCGAGAGGUAACGGGAGCGAGAAGGUUUUGUCCUCUGAAGAACAGCAGGCCAAGAUAAAUGAAGUAAAAAAGUUGAUGGGUCCAUUAACUGAAAAGCUUCCUGUUUUAUGCUCGGAUGCAUCUAUUUUGAGGUACCUCAAGGCAAGAAACUGGAAUACAAAGAAGGCCAAUAAAAUGUUGAGGGAAACUUUGAAAUGGAAGCUAGAAUACAAGCCAGAGAAGAUAAGUUGGGAAGAUAUUGCUCUGGAAGCCAAGACAGGAAAAAUAUACAGAGCUAAUUACACUGACAAACAAGGAAGGACCGUUCUUGUAAUGAGACCAAGUAGUCAGAAUACAGAAUCAACGACUGGACAAAUCAGAUAUUUGGUUUACUGCAUGGAGAAUGCGAUCUUGAAUACAAAUUCAACAGAUGGAUACAUGGUAUGGUUAAUAGAUUUUCAUGGCUGGAACACAUCUUGUCUAUCCUUGAAGGUUACUCGAGAUACAGCGAACAUCCUGCAAAAUCAUUAUCCUGAAAGAUUGGGCCUUGCUAUUCUCUACAACCCACCCAAGGUGUUUGAGUCCUUUUGGGUGAUGGUAAGACCAUUCCUGGAGUCGAAGACAUUCAAGAAAGUGAAGUUUGUAUACUCCAACAACCCAGAGAGCCAAAAGAUAAUGGAAGACAACUUCAACGUGGAGGAGUUGGAAACUUCCUUUGGUGGGAAGAACCCAGUUGGGUUUAACUACGAAGAUUAUGCACGAAGAAUGGUCGAAGGCGACAAGAAAAAGACUGAGUUUGUUGACUCUGGAUUCUCUUCCCCAACUUCUAAAUCCAUUUUAUCCAAAUCUCAGCUCCCGGACUCGGCAGUUUCCGACGUCAUACAGGAUUCCGACGACGAAAGCGACAACGAAAUGCAGCCUUCAAAUUUGGCGCUUCCAGAUGACAAACUACAAGAGAAGAAGUAAGCUGCUUAUUGCAUCACUGCCUGCUCAUUAACCUACAAACAAUAAAUCAGCGGUCAGUUUGUUCUUUCUUUUCCUCUUUUUUUUCAUUUAAAGUUUCAUGAACAAUCUCUCUUGCCAUUCCUUCUUGGGUUGAAGUUGUAUUAUUUUUCAAAUUUGGAUAUUACAUGGAACACAACGUUUAUAAUAUAAAUAUUAUACUUGAAUAAUCCU